CAAACAUUAGAAAAGCGGGUGCAAGCGAGCAACAGCAAUAGGUUUAAAGCAGUGUAACUCUUCUUUUUUUUAUAUUUUUGCCCUUUUGCACGGUCAUAAUGUCUGAUGAGGAGGAGGACUAUAUGUCUGACGCAUUUCUCAGCAAAAUGCAAGAUGUGAAACCAGGUGUCAGCAUGUUGAGGCGAGUAAAAGAAACUAUUAAAAAGGAGACACAACAGUUGGAGAACAACAUCAAGAAUCGUCAAAAGACCUUCAAAGAGCAAGAGAAGGAGAGCCGAGAAGCAGCUUUACACAGCUCUAUCAGCAAUCAGAACAAGGGCUUUGCACUUCUGCAGAAAAUGGGUUACAAAGCUGGCCAAGGCCUCGGAAAACAGGGAGCAGGAAGAGUUGAUCCAAUUCCAUUAAAUAUCAAAACCGACAGAGGUGGCAUUGGAAUGGAGGAGGUGAAGAAGAGAAAAGCAGAGGAGGAGCUUGAACAUUAUCGACAGAAAGUACGAGCCAAACAACAGAACGAGACUAAAUCUCUGGAAGAUUUUAGAUCAAGAGUAAGGACAGAGAGAGAGGAGCGUAAGAUUGAAGGAGAUCUCAGGAGGAGUCAGCGAUCCUGUGAGCAGCUUGACAGUCAGAAGGGUAUCACAGUCCCCAGGGAAGACUGGUACUGGCCUAAAGCAGAGGCUGAUGAUGAGGAAGAUGAACCUAAGGAGGAGGAGGAGGAAGAAGAAGAAGAGGAGGAAGAGGAGAUUGUGGAAUUAACUUCCUUUGACAAACUGCAAAUUUUGACAUCCUAUUUACGUGGAGUCCAUUUUUACUGCAUAUGGUGUGGGACCACCUAUAAUGAUGAAGAGGACUUGUGCUCUAACUGUCCUGGAGACACAGCAGCAGACCAUGAAUGAGCUUGAUU